AUGAAGGUUGUUCUUCUCCUUUCUCUUUUUGGCGCAGCAGCGGGCUUUGUGCUUCAGCCUGCCCAAACUUUACGUUCUUCUGCUUUGCAAUUUCGUAAGGUGAACAAUGAACAGCAGAACUUCGUUGAAUUGAAGAAACCAGCUUCUACUCCCUCUGUCGUAUCCCCCAAUGCUUUGCCUGUCUCUCAACGUCAAAAGAUGAAGGACGUUGUCGUUGCACCUGAUUACUGGCUCACUUCGACAAUGUUGGCUCUUGUUCCAAUGAUCAUGUGGUAUCAUCCUUCAUACUAUGAAGAUGGUUCCAUGUCGCUCAUUGCAUUAGCCGGUGCUAGCUUUCAUCUCAUUUUCGGUCGCUUCUUGUGGGUGCAAACUGACAGAGUUCGAUGUGUUUUUGAGAAGGAUAGCUUUGAGUUCUACAACCUAAAGGAUGGUAAGCUCCAACAGAAGCCACAGAAUUAUGUCGCGGACACGAGAAAUCGUUGGAAGUACGAUUCGAUUAUCAACUAUGGCUUCUUUCCUUCGGAAGACUUUCCCGUAAUCUGCUACUUCAAAGAGACUGAAACACCCGAAUGGAAGUGGGACAGAUGGUUCGCGGCCUUCGAUAGCUACGGCAAUGGUCAGCCACACUUCUUCCCUGGAAUUUGUAACGUCAAACAAUUCAAGGAACAGAUGGAGCUUCGUGGGGUCAAGAGCAAGCCCAUCCCUACUCUCAUGCAGUCCAAAAAGGAGUAG